AUGGCAAAAUUCGAAUGGUUAGCCAAUGAAUUAUUACUUGAAUUAUUCAGAUACUUCGAUGGUGUUCAUUUAUUUCGUGCAUUUCAAAAUCUGAACUCUCGUUUCAAUUUUCUACUUCUUCAUUAUCGAAUCUAUCAUCUGGAUUUUCGAUCUGUAUCUAAAUGUGAAUUUCAUAUUAUAUGUCAACAAUAUCUUCCAUCAAUCAUCAAUCGAGUAACUUCGUUACAUCUAUCGAAUGCUGAUGAAACACCAAAUUUAUUCGAACUUUUUCUUUCUUAUUACUUUACCUUCAAUCAAUUCUAUCGUUUACGAUUACUAUCACUCAAUGCUAUUCAUUCUCUUUCUAUACUAAAUCAAAUCAUAUUUGAAUGUCGUCAACUUCCAUAUUUCACACAUCUUUAUAUAAUAAAAUGUGAUUUUAAAGAUCAAGAGAAAUUUUCUUGUUUGAUUAAUCAUAUUUGGAAUUUACCAAAACUAAUAUAUUGUCAAAUAGAUCAUCGAUUUCCAUAUGAAUUGAAAUUUACUAAUAACACAAUAGUCUCCUCAUCUAUUGAAAAUCUCUUUGUUGAAAAUUUCAAUUUUAAUUUGAAUGAUCUAUCUAAAUUAUUUCGAUGUACACCAUCUCUACGACAAUUUGAUGCAACUAUUAUGUCUCAUUCGGAAUAUGAACGACUGCAGAUCAUUCCUUCAGCAAUCAUUUCAUCAAAACUUUCAUUUCGAAAUGCUUUACAUUCGAUGAUUCAUCUCUUUCAAAACUUAUCGAAUUUAUGUCAUUUAACAAUUAAAACACAACGUAUGUAUUUGAAUGGAUAUGAAUGGCAAAAAAUAAUUCUUAAUUAUUUACCUAAAAUUCAAGUAUUUCAAUUAAAAAUGGAUUGGAAAUUUUCCUAUACGAAAAAUAUUGAAGAACAACUGAAUCAACUUUUAGAUUCAUUUCGUACUUCAUUUUGGCUUGAGGAACAUCAAUGGUUCGUUCAAUGUGAUUGGUUUAUGUUAGGAAUAAGUAAUUUCGUUACUUUAUACACUUUACCGUAUGCUUUCAACGACUUUUCUCUUGCAAACAAAUGUUGGUCGAAAUCAACAGCUUCAAAUGAUGAGUUCUAUGAUCGUGUUAAGAUUCUUACACUAAUCAAUAUUAGAACCAAUUUAUUCACAGAUUCUUUUCUCACAUCUGAUGACUUUCAAAAUAUUGUUCAUCUGAAACUUAGUCUUCCAUUAAGUAAUCAUUUUUGGUCAGCAAUUCGAUCCUUUGAUCAACUAACUUCGCUUGAUAUAACACUUAUCCAAGGUGCUGAUUAUCUUCCAUUGCAAAUAUUACUUGAUCGAUCUCCUCGUCUCUAUUCACUAUGCUUUGGUAAUUUUUAUGAUAUUGAAAUAGUAUCUCAAUUAACUAGUCGAUCAAUUCAUCGACUUGAUUUUAUAAAAAAAAAUACAUACAAGAAAUAUUUCAAUAGUAAACAAUGUGAUGUUUUGAUCAAUUCAGCACUUGGUCGUCAAUGUGAAGUUCUUUUAAUUAAUGUCGAAAAUCGAAUAAAUAUUCUUCAACUUGUCAAAAACAUGUCUAAUCUUCGAUCAUUGAUUGUUCAAUGUAAAGAUGAUCAAUGGAAUGGCGAAUUUAUUCAAUGGUUAAGUUAUCAUUUACCAUCCACAUGUUCAGUUAGUAGAGAUAGACAUCAAACGUCGAAUAUUCGAUUAUGGAUCUGUUGA